AUACAAUACUGUUGCUUUGAAGCGACGUAAUGGGAUUGACAAUUAAAAAAAAAAACCAAAAAAAAACAAAAAACAAAAAAACAGGGUUGUUCCGCGAAAGGCGGGGCGGUUGGCAACAGAUGGCGUCCGCUGCGCCGUGGGCGGAGGCAGGAAUGCAUGAGUUAAUGCAAAUCGAUUCGGGACAACUAGAGAAAAGAAGGAGUGGUCAUGUGAGUUUAGAGAGAUAGAGAGAAGAAAGAAAGAAAGAAAGAAAGAAAGAAAGUGGAGAGCAUUGUUUUAGUGCGACAGGCCCGGGGCGGUAGCGGAGAGUCGGGGCAGUUUCCUGACGAGUCGUGCGGGGAGAGGGGAGCGAAGAGCCGGCGGAACGGCGUGAAAACAGACCGCUGCUCGACCGGCGUUUGUUUAUUUAGAGGAAUUAUAUUUUCCUUUUUUUUUUUUUUUGUUUGUUUGUUUUGGCAUAUAAAAACAAAUAUGUGUUAGUAUCAGCCUAAUUGGUUUGUUUAUAUGGUAGCGGUGUGGCAAAUUCGGGGAAUUUUGAAUGUUCCACGUUUUUCUCUUGAAACGGAAAGAUAACAUUCCUGGUCAUCGAAGAAAGAGGCAAAGGAAAGAAGAGAGGACCAUUGAUGAGAAUUGGACUUUUUUAAAAAAGAAAUUGAUUAUUGAUUUCUUCAUGAAGUGUUGCGUUAAAUAUCUAUCUAUCUAUCUAAGAAAAAGGGAGACACACAGACUGAAUAUAUGUUGAAAUCAAAUUGAGAAUCUUCUUAAAAUUACUCCAGAAAUAAUACGAAUAGAAUUGAUAUUAUUGGGUGUCAAUAAAAUAUUUAGAUUUUUUUUUAAUUUUAUCUUUUUAAAAUUAAAUAAAACACUGAAAUUUUAAAUUGUAGAAUUGGGGUGGGGAGGAAAAAAAAAACAAACACAGAAAACGUUUUAAUGAAAAUAAAAAAAAACACAAAACAAUAACGCAAAAAUAACGCAAAAAAUAACAAAUAACACAAAGUCAGAAAUUGAGUUUGUUUAAAUGGUAAAGUUUAAGAACAGAUUAAUGAAAAAAUUGAGAAUUUUGACAGUUUUAGAAGUAAAACUGCAUUAUUAAUAAUAAUAAUAAUAAUAAUAAUAAUAAUAAUAAUAAUGCUAACCUCUAGCCUUUAAAUAUUAUUGAUAAAAUUUUUAAUUUGAUAGAAAGCGCUAAAAUUGGCCAUUGCGUUGUUUCAAAGUGUAUGUUUUAGAUUUUCUCCAAAAACAAUUAUUUUUUUAAAAGGAGACGGCAAAACUUUAUCUGAAGGAAAUCUGGUGUGUGUGUGUUUUAAAGGAAUUUACAACUGGGAAUUUCCUGAUUUCCUGCGCGGAGAAAAGUGUAUUACUGGAAUUCUCUUGGGAUUACAAAAACUGGAAUUUUGAGUUUUUAGUUUUGUUUUUUUUUUGUUUUCCUGGGGGGAAAAACUGGGAAUCCUUUUCAUUCGACCUUCUUUUGGAAUUUUUUUUUGGGGGAUAAAAAAACAAACCUGGGAAUAAAGUGACUGGAGAAUUUGUUGGAUUUCCAAACAACUGGUCAAGUUUCUCUUCACCCUUCUCUUGGAAUUCCCGCCGGGGGAAUUUUGUAGGUGGGGGGGAAAAAAAAAAAAAAAAAGAACUCUGAAAAUUUUCCUGGAAUUUCUCUGAAGGAGGGGGGAAAAAAAUUGGAAAUCGUGUGUGUGGGGGGGAGGAAUUCCCUGGCUUUCUGAACGUUUUGGGAACCUGAAAAUUCUUGGAUUCCCGGGAAAAGGAAAUGGGAAUGGCUGGCAAGGAUUAUGAUCAUCUCUUCAAACUGCUCAUUAUUGGAGACUCAAAUGUGGGGAAAAGCAGUCUGCUGCUCCGUUUUGCAGACAACACCUUCUCAGGCAGCUACAUCACGACGAUCGGGGUGGAUUUUAAGAUUCGCACGGUGGAAAUCGACGGCGAGAAAGUGAAGCUGCAAAUCUGGGACACGGCGGGACAGGAGAGGUUUCGCACGAUUACAUCAACGUACUACAGGAACACGCAUGGCGUGAUCAUAGUCUACGAUGUGACGAAUCCCGAGUCCUUCGUCAACGUGAAGAGGUGGCUCAACGAGAUCGUCCAGAACUGCGACAACGUGUGCAAGAUACUGGUCGGUAACAAGAGCGAGGACCCCUCUCGCAGUCAGGUGGACCCCCAGGACGCCCGCAGGUUUGGCGAGUCAAUGGGGGUACCCCUGUACGAGACCAGCGCCAAAGAGAACCUCAAUGUGGAGGAGAUGUUCAUGGGAAUGACGCGGAUGGUUUUACGAGCUAAGAAAGCAUCACAGGCCAGACUGGAGAGGAGAGGAGAUCUGGUGAAGAUCAAUAACAAGCCCAGCAAGAAGAAAUCGAAGAAGUGUUGCUGAGGGAGAGACGGGGGGAGGAGGGGGAGAGGAAACUAACAAAAACCUUUACAAUAUUUUUUUUUUUUUUCAAAAAAGCUGGGAAGAGGGAUGGAGGGAAAAGAUGGGACAGUUGUAUUUAAUUACACUGAAGACACUGAGAGAGACUUCUAGUGGAAACGUUUACCAUUGAAUUGACACUGAAGACACUGAGAGAGAC